GGCUUCUGGUCUUUGGUCUUCAACCAACUCUAGGGUUUGUUUAUUUCAGAUCGUUCAUAAGUUUUAUUUCGUCAAAAUCUUGUACACUACGCUCAACGAAAACAUGAAGAAUAAUGGUAGAACCUCUAACGAUGGCGGAAACUAUCAGAAAUCCGGUGCCUUAGCACCAGUCAAUAACAACAAAAUGAAGAAGAACAAGAUGAGAAUGGGGAGUGUAGGGGGAGGACUAUCACUCCAAGCCUUUGCUAAUGCUAAAGCGAAGAACGACGGAUACAAUCCGGCUUUAAUCAAGAAGCAAAGGGAGUUCUACAAGAAUGCAAAAUGCGUUAACAAGUACAAGAAGUCACAAAAACAACAGAACAAAGCGCAGGACUCUUCCCAAUCUACAAGAUUCGUAGAGGGUAGAAGUGAAAACAGGGAGAAAGGGAAGAAGAAUUAUGGGAAUAAGAUGGCAUUCAGUCUGAAAGAAAUUUACAAUAAGAAGCGGGAGGAGGAAGAGAAGGAAAGGAUGGAGAAAGAAGCGAUGCUUAAAACAAGAAAAGAAGAAAAAGAAAAAUCAGAAGCUCGGCGUAAAGAUAAAAGGGAGAAAAUGUUUAAGAGAACGAGGUCAGGUCAACCGAUUAUGAAGUACAGGAUUGAACAUUUGUUGCAGACAAUUCAAGGUACAAAAGAUUAACAGCGGCUAUUUUUGUUUUUUGUCCAAUAUAACAUCCAUCCCAAAUGUGUUUAAUUUGUAAUGCUUUCAAACAAACGUUAGACAACAUUUUGACUAAGGUGUUGUAUCUUUUUUUGACUUGAUAUAUAUAACUUAAUCUGUUAAA